AUGGAAUCGUACUCCUCUGCGGGAAGCGUUAGCGAGGAGGCGAUAAUGGCUAUAAGAACAGUCGUCUCCUUGGGGUUGGAGAAGUGCAUGGCUGAGAAGUACAGGAGCAAACUUCGGGACGCCGAAAGGGCUGCGCUGCGGGCGUGUGUUUGGGUUGCGCUGGGAUUGGCGGGCCUGAUGCUGGCGAUGUUUCUAAUGGCCUCGUUGGGCUUGUGGUAUGGGGGACAGCUGCUCGCCGACAGCACCGAGGAAGCCAUGAAACUAUUGACAGCACCCAUUAACUUGGCAGAUCCAACCACGUGGCCAAAGCCUCAGUUCACGGGUGGAACUGCAAUAACGGUGUUUUUCGUCAUUCUGAUUGGAGCCUUUUCUCUGGGUCAGAUUAUCCCCAACAUCACGGCGUUGCUGAAGGCAAACACCGCAGCGAUGGACUUGGAAAGCGUGAUACAGCGGCGUUCAGCCAUCGACCCCCUUGCGAGCGGCGGCCUCACGGACGUGAAGUUGGAUGGAGACAUUGAAUUCAAGAACGUUUCCUUUGCAUACCCUACGAGACCAGAACGGCAUAUUUUCAAGAAUUUGAAUCUUCGCAUCCCAGCCGGGAAGUGCGUUGCACUGGUGGGAGGUUCUGGCUGUGGCAAGUCGACGAUUUUGCAGCUCCUUCAACGCGUUUAUGACUGUGAGAAAGGAAGUGUAACGAUUGGUGGCGUGCCCAUUGAGAACAUCAAUGUCAGGACGCUAAGGCGACAGAUGGGUGUUGUGAGUCAGGAGCCGCGUCUUUUUUCAGCGACGGUGAAGCAAAACAUUGAACUGGGAUCACCGACUCCUGUGACGAUGGAACAAGUCAUUGAAGCGGCUAAGCAAGCAAACGCGGACGGGUUCAUCACCCGUUUCCCGGAUGGAUACGAUACAGACUGUGGUGCCUACGGAGGGCAAUUGUCGGGAGGUCAGAAGCAGCGUAUUGCCAUCGCAAGAGCACUGAUUCGUCGGCCCAACAUAUUGAUAUUCGACGAAGCCACUUCGGCUCUUGACACGCAAUCUGAAAGGGUCGUUCAGGAAGCGUUAGACUCUCUCGUUAAGACGACCAAAGCUACAACGUUGAUUGUUGCUCACCGUUUAAGUACGAUUCAGAACGCUGAUUUAAUUGUUGUCUUAGAGCCAUCGGCCACUCAUGGGGCGACGGUUGUGCAGCAGGGCACUCACGAACAGCUAAUGAGAGACACUAAAGGGUUGUAUUACCACAUGGUAGCCAGUCAAAUCGUCCCCAAGAUUGAUGGGGAUGACGACGAUAGCGCUGUGCAAGAAACCAUCCCGGCGCCUCAUGAACCUGAGCCAGCUGAUGGCGCUGCGGUUCCUACCCUUCAGGAAAGGCGAAUGUCUACGGAUUUUGUCG